AUGUAAAAUUACAGAAUGGACAGGGUGGCGAUGGGUCUGACUGCUCGCUCGACCUCUUCACCAACAAAGACACAAAGUCGCAAAAGGGAGAAGAGAAGAGAGCAUGUCAGCAAGAGUAUUCAAAGAAGAGAAAGGAAGGAAUGGAUCAGACAAAGAUGUGCUGGCAUGCACAAAAGAACAGAAAAGCGCCCGACAGCGAUCGAGCAAACCUUGUCGUCUCGGCAUGGUCGUGUAGGCCGGGGAAAGGAGUAGAAGCUCAUCAUUUGGAGAUCGACUGCAACGUGAAGACUCACCUGGCUUUAGAAGCAGAAGAAAGCCGUGGAGAAGAGCGGGCCGUAUUGAGGGAAGGGAGGCCAACGUCGUCUUGCCUGAAAAAUUGGCUUUUGUAGAACAAAAAAGC